AUAGUCAGUAAGAUUUUUUCCAAGGCACAAGCAACAAAUUUGAAGCGAACAAAAAUCAAGCAAAAAUUUCCACACACAAACCCCAGAAAAAAGUUCAAAGUAAAAGUGAAAGUAAAAGUAAAACCAUGAUGUCGCUGUCGCUGCGUUGCAUGGGCCGGAUGCAUGCCACUUUACGUGCCUCAACAUUGUGGUCGUUGAGUCAGCGUUGCAUGCAUCACGAUCCCACGCGCUGCAUGAUUGGUGACCGUGAAAUUGUCGGCUACGGCAUCAACGGCAGUCCCAUUUACGUUGACUGCGCCGCUUUUCCAUUUCCGGCCAUACGCUAUCGCGAAGUGACGCCCGAGAUUUGUGCACUGCGCGAAAAGGAGCUGAGCGACUGGAAGACUCUAUCGCUGCAGGAGAAGAAGGCGCUCUAUCGUCACAGCUUCUGCCAGACGUAUUCGGAGUUUCAACACUUAACGCCCGAUUGGAAGCUCGUUAUCGGCAUGAGCAUCUGGGCUGUGGUCCUUGCCAUUGCCUUCACCAUGUUUGAGCAGGCGCUGGUCUAUGAUCCGCUGCCGGAUACCUUCGAUGAGGAGCGUCGCCAGGCCCAAUUGCGUCGCAUCAUCCAUUUGGAAAUGCAACCAAUAACGGGCCUAUCAUCCAAAUGGUGCUAUCACUCUAACAAAUGGAAGUAAACAUUAACAACAACUGACUGACAAACAAACAAACAACAAAAUCUGCUGCUGCUCAGUAACGUUACACACACACACACACAGCAACAUCCACACACACACACACAACAUGUUGAGCUUCAAGACACACACAGCAUAAGUUUUAUUGUAUUCGACAAAAACUUGUAUUAAAUUCCAUCUCUCAAA